AACCAAAUACUACUGGCUUUCUGAAUGCGGUGUGGAUAGUAUGAUCUAUAACGGAAUGCAGCUGAUUAUUUAUACGUGGACCAAUCAAUCCUAGAAACCUUCCCGAGAGAUUGUCUACUGGACACAGUCAGGAUUGCACUAUAAAGCUCGCCUUUUAUUUCACUAUCCCUUGUGAAAAUAAUAACUCUACUUUGUUACUGAUUGCAAUUCACAUAAUUCUUUUUUUCAACCGAAACCAAAAUCAAAAUGGGCCAAUGGAUCAACAAUCACGAUUUCACUGCGGACACAAAAAGAAAAAAUGCACGAGAAGCCUCUUCCAAAGUGGAAGCUGAGUUAAGGCGUCCAUCCAUUUUUCCCAAAGAGGUCCUUUGGCAACCCGGUGAGUAUGGAAAAUGGGUUGAGUUGGAACGGGCUCUGUCCAGGAAGUUUGAGGAUGCGCAUGCUCACCGUGCCUCUUCAUUAACCGAGGUACUGCAAAAGAAUAUAGAUGAUUGUUAUCAUCCCACCCCGGAGGAUGAGAAGCCAUCGGCCGAGGCCAAGACUGCAGUGGCUGCUAGCAUCACCAAGGAUAUUGUGGUGUACUUGCUAGCGGAGUCGGUGCAGAAUGGAGAAGCAAUUGGGAUGCGGAUCUCCUCAAUCAGGGAGGUCAUUGGGAGCUCAAGAAUAAAAAUGUCGAACGACGAUGUCAAACGGAUGGAAAUGGCCGUUAACGAAAAGAAAGCUCUCAAGGAUAUUAUUUCCAGUGAGCUCCAGACCGAUAUUCAAAAAAUCGACAAGUACCUCUCUGUGGUUGAACCUCUGUCCACACUAGCCACUAGUCAAAAGAUCCUUGGCGGGAUCUUUAACCCUGAUACCCUCAAAAUCGACACCUUCCCUUCGGAAAGCUACAAUACUUGGGACAAGAAACGCGCCCAUGACGCUAUCAAGUGUCUCUGUGCUGAAGAAUGGAUCACUGGUGGCAAAGAUAAAGGCCUGAUUGCCUUUUUUGAUACUGAUGAGAAGGCUCAUAUUUUUGGAAUGAUGUUUCAAGACAUUGAGUGGUCGAAUGACCCAGUGAAUCUGCGGGCAGAGAAGUCCAUCCUUGAAGCAUUUAGUGACAACAAUGCAAUUGACUUGGUGUUGGAAUAUGUCGUUCCCCAGGUCAACGACGAUGCAAAGGCCAAGUUGGCCGUACUUUGGAAGCGUGGACGUGAUUUGUAUACCUGUGGGCGACGAUCGCUGAGUAUGGAUUUGUUGAAGGGUCUUUGAGGUUGAUUUACUAGCUAUUCUCGGUGCCCUUAUUAAGGUGGUAGUCAAGUUUGAGUUCAUUAUCUAGUUUUUGGACUGGUACACACAACUUCAGACGAGUUCUUUACUCUAGUCAAGCUACUUAUCUACCUCUC